UUUUUUUUUAAACAUUAGUUACCUUUAUGAAAGAGACAUGUGAUAUUAUGCUGUGAAACUGAAUGACAAUUUUUGAAAUUCGUAAAUUCAUAUUGUCGUUGAUUAAAAAUUGAGGUAGUGCACGAGCUUGAGUUAAAACCAUUAGAUGUAAUUCGCGUUAAAAUAUUCUGCUGUUUCUGUACCGGUACAUCCGAUAAUUCAUAAAAAUGAGUUACAUUAGGCUGUUAGCUACUUUGUACCUGUCGUCAUUAUGUUUCGUUCAAAGUUUAGCUUUCGUUUUCGACGAGGCAUCAUUUUCACCGGCAAAAUUUGCGCGCGACCGGUACGCAAGGAGUCGAAAUUGGACAACGACAGGGAGACAAGUAGAUCCUACCAAAGACUUCAUUCACGCUCUGGAUUUCGUAGCUUUAGUGAAUAAUUUCGGAUAUCCUGCCGAGGAGCAUCGAGUGACAACGGCCGAUGGUUACAAGUUACGGAUUCACCGGAUUCCAGGUAGUCCCCGUAAUCGCCAAGCUUUCGGCAAACCAGUUGUUUUUCUGCAGCAUGGUGUGCUCGGCUCUUCGGACAUGUGGGUCCUCAUGGGUCCUAAUCGAGAUCUGGCGUACAUCCUAGCGGACGCCGGCUACGACGUGUGGUUGGGCAACGUGCGCGGAAACACCUAUGGUCGAUCGCACAAGAGAUUCUCGCCCGAAUAUAAUCGAGAAUUCUGGCAAUUCAGUUAUCACGAAAUGGCCAUGCACGAUAUUCCUACAUCCAUCGACUACAUAUUGCACAAGACGAAUCAGUCGUACCUAUCGUACGUAGGCCACUCCAUGGGUACAACGAUCAGUUACGCAUUGCUGUCGACCAGACCCGAGUACAAUCAGAAGAUCAAUUUGGUUAUUAGCUUGGCACCGGUGGCAUUUUGGCGCGAACCAAUGCGUCCAUUUAUUUCGUUUUUAAAAAAAAAUUCACCGUUCAUCAAAGAAUUGGUGACAAAAGCUAAAAUCAAUGAACUUUUUCCACUCACUACUGCCAGCGCUCAUCUAGCGAGAGCGUCGUGCGGCGACGGUAGUAUACUGCAACAAAUCUGCGCGGGAUUCGUUUAUCUUUUAUCUGGGCCGAAUCCGGAUCAACUCGAGUUGUCUCUCUUAGCCUACAUAUUUUCAUAUUUUCCGGCGGGAGCUUCCACCAAAACGCUGAUGCACUUUAGUCAGAAUAUAAUAUCCGGUGACUUUAGAGCAUACGAUUACGGAAAGGUGAGAAAUUUAGCUAGGUACAAAAACGAAAUUCCUCCAUCAUAUAAUAUAAAAAGAAUCGCAGCUCCUGUAGCUUUGAUUUAUGGCAGGGGAGAUUCGUUGGUCUCGCCAUCAUAUCCCUACGAUCUAGCCAAAAAACUGCCGAACGUCGUCACAGUUGAACCAGUGCCACACAAGAAAUUCAGCCAUAUGGACUUUUUAUAUUCGAAAGAUAUUAAAGUCCUUUUAAACGAUAGGAUAUUAAAUUUAAUAAACAGAUUUACGUAUAAUAGCAAUGCUGUAUAAUUAACAUUUAUGAUUUAGUAUAAUUAUAAAAUCAAGUUGCCAUGUGUGUUUUUAGUA